AUGACUCAAGUAGUGCAAUAUGAGUGCCUUCCUAUAUUAUGUGAUGACUGUAAGGGGAUUGGACAUACAGCAGAAGCUUGUAGGCAGAAGAGAUUUGAAAUUGCAAAGAAGAAGAUUCAGCAUAUGCAAAUGUGGGUGCCCAAGAAUACUGGAGUGACUAGGAAGCCUGAGGUUACUGGUCCGGUGCAAAAACCUAGGAACCUAGGUCCUAUUGCUGAAGAUGUGGAUGAAGGGGAGGCUCCAACUAAUGCUGCUGAUGUGGAUGAAGGGGAGCCUAAUGCACUGGCAGUGGAGAGUAGUCAAGGCAAGAAGUCUGGACAGAAAUCAGAUGGUAAUGCUGAUGUGGAGCAGGGAGAUAUGGGUGAGACAAGUGGAAUGGAAGUAGGAGAUAUUAAAUGUUUAUUUGGAUUAUUGGAGACAAGGGUUAGGAGUAAGAAUUUUGCUAAAGUGUUAGCAAGAUUUGGGGGAAUGUGGAGUGUUGCCACUAACUAUCAGUUCCACAAGGGUGGUAGAAUCUGGUUAUUGUGGUUACCUUCUAAAUUUGUUGUGAAUAUCAUUGAAUGUUCUAGUCAGUUCAUUCAUUGUGAUGUACUGCAAGUCAGUUCAGGGAAGAAAUGGUUUGUUACUAUGGUAUAUGGUUUGAAUGAAAGCAAAGAUAGGAAGCAUCUGUGGGAGGGGCUCAAGAGAUUGAGUAGAAAUGUGAAUGAAGCGUGGGUGGUGGGAGGAGACUUCAAUAAUGUGCUUCAUCUCAAUGAAAGAAUUGGGUCAGCAAUCACUUUAGAGGAGGUGAUGGAGUUUCAGCAAUGUCUCAGAACAUGCUCUCUACAGGAACAAUCUACCACAGGGCCAUCUUACACAUGGUCAAAUAAGCAGGAGGGUGAUGAUAGGGUAUUUUCUAGGAUUGACAGAAUUGUUGUGAAUGAUAGAUGGAUGGAGGUCUUUCCAGACUCAGUAAGCAUGUUUUUCCCUGAAAACAUUUCAGAUCAUUAUCCAUGUUUGGUUAAACUGCUGAGUAAUAGUCAAAAUAAACCUAAACCCUUUAGGUUUUUUAAUAUGUGGACUCAGUCAGACAGAUUCAUAAGUAAAGUUCAGGAGGUGUGGCAAGAGGAUUUCACUGGAGUUCCUAUGUUUCGGAUAGUGAGGAAGUUGAAGAAACUAAAGAAGUCUCUUAAAGAGUUGAAUAGGGAUAAAUUUGCAAACAUUGAAAAUCAAGGUGCCAGGAAAGAGUACCUUUCACUGAACAAGGCUAGACUAUGCUUCCUUCAACAAAAGGUUAAGCAGGAGUGGCUGAAGAAAGGAGAUGCUAAUACAGGGUAUUUUCAUGCCUGUAUUAAGCAAAGGAGGUGCCAGAACAAGGUGUGCAGGAUUAAAAAUAGUGCUAGUGAGUGGAAAGAGAAUGGAGAGGAGAUUGAUGAAGCUUUUUUGGAGUUUUAUAAGAAGCUUCUUGGUACUGAAAAGCAUGCUGUCAAACAUGUUAGUAGUAGUGUGAUUCAGGAAGGCAAUGUGGUAACUGAGACUCAGCAAGAGGGUCUGUGUGCUCCAUUCACAGGUGAUUAUGUCAAAGCUGCAUUCUUUGACAUUGCAGAUAAUAAGGCCCCUGGCCCUGAUGGGUACACUAGUUGCUUUUUCAAGGAGGCUUCGCCUUGCAUUGGGGAGGAUAUCAUCAAUGUUGUGCUCAAUUUCUUUCAAACAGGUAAACUCCUCAAACAACUGAACGCCACAACUCUAUGCCUUAUUCCUAAAGUUGAACAGCCUAUAGAUGUAUCUCAAUUCAUACCUAUAGCUUGUUGCAAUGUGAUGUAUAAAGCAAUUUCAAAAAUGCUUUGUAGUAGAUUGAAAAUUGUUCUUCCUAGCCUUGUUGAUCAAGUACAAAGUGCAUUUGUGGCUAACAGAGUAAUAUUGCACAACAUCUUUAUAUGUCAAGAUAUGCUCAAAAAUUAUAAAAGAAAGAGUGCUCCUGCUAGAUGUACAUUGAAAGUAGACUUGAAGAAGGCAUAUGACUCCUUGAAUUGGGAGUUUAUCAGAGAAUUGUUCAUUGGCUUAAAUUUUCCUGAAAGAUUUAUAAGCUGGAUUAUGGAAUGUCUCACUACUCCUUCCUAUUCCUUGAGUAUAAAUGGGGGGGCUGAAUGGUUUCUUUCAAGGCAAAAGAUGGAUUAG